AUUGGAUCAGUAUCGAGUUGGUAAGUUAGGAGUAAACGUCUAGCAAAACAAAGAAAAUGACUGCAGCAAACAUGGAAACCAAAGCUCCUUCAAGUAACGAUCUGAAGAAUCCAAUGAAAGAUGGAAAUGUGAAUAAAGCAGAAACCAUGGAAAUUCCGAAAGUGAUUGGAACUGAUUAUAGUUAUAAACAUACUAUUGUAUGGAAAAAUGCUAUUGGAUUCUUGAUCAUGCAUAUCCUUGCUGUUUGGGGAAUUGGUCUACUAUUCGCAGGGUACAUGAAAUGGCAAACCGUAGUAUGGAUUUUUUUCGUCACUUUCCUGGGUUCUGAAGGAGUAACAAUAGGAGCCCACCGUUUUUACACGCACAAAUCAUUUAAAGCAACUCCGUUCCUUAAAGCCGUAUUUAUAUUAUGUCAAACUAUUGCUGGACAGAAUUCUAUGUUCAUCUGGUGCCGUGACCAUCGUCUCCACCAUCGUUACUCCGACACUGACGGGGACCCUCACAACUCCAAGCGUGGCUUCUUCUUCUCUCACGUUGGUUGGCUCAUGCAUAGGAAGCAUCCCUACGUUGUAGAACUUGGCAGAAAGAUCGACAUGAGUGACUUGCAGGCUGAUUGGAUGGUGAUGUUCCAAAAAAAGUAUUACUAUCACCUAUAUUUCGUCUUGGCCUUCUUGAUACCUGUGUGGGUACCAGUACAUUUCUUCGGUGAACCUCUAUUACAUUCCAUCCUAGUUUGUUAUUUCGCCCGUUACGUGUUACAAUUGAAUGGAACUUGGCUAGUUAACAGCGCUGCUCAUCUUUAUGGAACUAGGCCUUAUGACGCAAAACUACAGCCAGUAGAGUCAUGGUUUGUCUCAAUGAUAAGUCUGGGCGAGGGUUGGCACAAUUACCACCACGCGUUCCCCUGGGACUAUAAGGCAGCUGAGCUGACCAUGCACUUCAACCAAUCCGCUAGUAUUAUACGAUUCUUCGAAAGGGUAGGAUUGGCUUAUGAUCUCAAAACCGCUUCACCUGAACUGGUAUCAAACAGGAUCAUGAGAACUGGAGACGGCAGUCACUACAAGAUGGGCACUGAAGAAGCACGCGCGGCGGUAACAGCGUGGGGUCCACUACACCCACUCAACCCGACCUACAACACCACCCUCAAGGCACCAGACGCCAUACUCAAACCAGAAGGACUACCACUUUAUCACGAAAAGGAUACUCUCAAUCUCACUGUCAUACAGAAAAACUCCAGACGUGGUUGAUUAUUGUCAAAAGUGUCAAAUGUCAGCCUUUGUUAAAGUAUUCGUAACUUGUACAUCAUAGUCAAUGUCUUAGCUAAUAAUGAUUUACGACGCAUCGCGUUGCACCACAGAUGGGGCCCAAUAGGGCUGAUGCUGAUACGGAGCCGCGGAGGACUUAACGGGUUGGUUUUUAGUCAGUCUGACACUCCCUCUCGCCUCACCCAAGGCGGCAGAAGUCAUUCGUUGAUUAAACCCCAAAAAUUAAGCUAUUAAUGAUUAUUUUUGUGACUUUAGAUUUUUAUCAAGUAUUUUAUACUAAGUUAGGU